AUGCCGCUUCCCUGGCACCCCCUGGGCAAUUUUGUAGCGGAGUACCUCCUCACUGUGAGCAGCUUUUCCAGCACCCUGCAGAUGCAGAGUUCUGGCAAGUUCCAGAAGAUGGAGUUCCACUCUAGUUCUAGUCAAGAUUAUUUGCGGAAUUAUUUUUUUCUUAGCGGUGUGUUCUUCAAAAUCCACAGAAUACCCAGAAGCCAACUUCUUUUUCUGUGUGAUCACUUUUUAAUUCGGGCCUCUGCAGCUCUAGAAAAAUUGAAACUCUUGUGUGGAGAAGAAAAAAAGUGUUCAAAUCCAUCGAAUCUACUAGAACUUUACACACAGGCUAUUUUGGACAUGACAUAUUUUGAGGAGAACAAGCUAGUAGAUGAAGAUUUCCCUGAAGACUCUUCCCAGAAAGUAAAAGAGUUGAUCACUUUUCUUUCAGAACCAGAAAUUUUAGUUAAAGAAAAUAAUAUGUACCCAAAACACUGCGAUUUACUUGGGGACGAACUCUUGGAAUGUCUCUCUUGGCGACGAGGAGCCCUACUUUAUAUGUAUUGUCAUUCUCUGACCAAAAGGAGAGAGUGGCUCACGAGGAAAUCUGGUUUGCUUAAAGAGUACCUUGUUGAUGGAAUCAGUUACUUGCUACAGAUGCUAAAUUAUCGGUGUCCUACCCAAUUAGAUGAAGGAGUUUCUUUCCAAGACCUAGACACAGCUAAGUUACUGAGUGAAGGAAUAUUCAGUGACAUUCACUUGCUGGCUAUGAUGUACAGUGGAGAAAUGUGUUACUGGGGAUUGAAGCAUUGUGCCGAUCAGCAGCCAGAAAACCAGGGCAUGGACGCGGGUGUUUCUGGAGCAAGCUGCACUACACACAGAGAGCCCUUGGAUUUCCGAGAAGUAGGAGAGAAAAUUUUGAAAAAGUAUGUAUCUGUGUGCGAAGGACCCCUGAAAGAACAAGAAUGGAACACAACAAAUGCAAAACAAAUUUUAAACUUCUUUCAGCAUCGCUCUAACUCGUAAGUUUAGUCCUUUUCAAACAGAAAAGCAGAAAGACCCAUGAAAUGGAAACGUUCCAGAAAAGAAGACAUA